CGCACAGAGAGAAAACAAAGAAGAAAAGAGAGAAACUCAAAGCUUAUUUUCUUGACGGCAGGACCUUCUCAAUCUUGAAGCCUUUAAAGCCCAUCAAAAUCGAAAAAGAAAUAAACCGAAUUCUAGAUGGCAAGAGAAUAUAGAUUACAACCCAAAUAAGAGUUCCUUUUUGUGGUGAAAUUUUCUUAAAGGAUCCACAGGACAAAUUUUUUGCCAAGAAGAUUUUUUGAUUAGGUCCUAUCAUAUCCUUCAUGGUUUAUUUGGAUAUUGGAGCUAGACGACCCUUGCUGGCCUUUAACACAGCAAUGUCUUGGUUUCUUCACAAUUAAGGUCAUCAGUUUGUUGUCUAAAGAUGAGUUCUGGAGCAGAGAACCCUCCCUGGAAUGUUUUUGAAGGUGUGAAGAGGAUCCCUGUUUCUCCUGAGGCACUUAUGGCUGAGAUUAAUUCUGCCAUUACUGCUCUCGAGUAUGCCCAUGCUUCUGUUUUCUUGCAAUCUCGACCUCCUAUUUCAAAGACCAGAAACAUUAGUCAAAAUUUGACUUCUGAAUAUGAUGCUGGAAUGGCUGAUGAAGCUUACAAGGCUGGGUUGGCAUCUAUGGCUGCUGGGAAGCUCGAUGAAGCUGUCCUCUCAUUGAACAUUGCCCUCUCCAAGUGCCCGCCUGACAAGACUUCUGCUAUUGCUAAGCUUGAAUCUCUUAUUUCUCUUACAUCUCAACAUCUCGAGAUGUUUUCUAAUUGAUUCAACUGUACAAAUAAAUUCCUUGAUCUGGCAUGUCCCUAAUGGUUUGAUGACAUACUUCCACUUGUACUGUAAUUUCGCAUUCUGCCUCCUUUAGAUUAUUUGUUGUAGUAUGAAUUUUGCGGAAUUUUGACUAAUCUACUUCAUCUCAAGGAGGAAAUUUAAUGGUCAUUGAGAUUACCUGUUGGUUUGCUAUUUGAUGUUGCUCCUACUCCCUUUUGGAGUAAUAUACUAACCACGAGGGGCCUUCACGGGGAUUUAUAUUUCAAGUUGUAUUUCCCGUUUCUCUGCCCUUGUUGGAAAAUGAUUGUUUUGCUCCAUGUGCUUGUAAAUCAUUCAAUGACAUUCUGAUGUUUCUGAAAGAAGGUUUAGCUCUGGAAAAGCUGGUUGUGUUGCUGAAGUCUAUUCAAGUCAGUAAUCUAGGUAAAGCUCGGGUAUUUGUUUCAGAAAUCAUAAGUAAAUACGUGGAGUCAAAACUCAAGCGCAAGUCUACCGUUAGAUGGGGUCUAUCUCCAGAAGCAGAGGAGUUGAUGGUCACACCAAAAGCAGUGCAAAGACAUGGCUGCUGUGGAGACGAACGAGAGGAGCUUUUCUCUGCUGCUAGCCGGCUGUCUAGAUGCUCAAGUGCCACAAGCUUUGAUGAGUUCGUAUCUGUGAAGACACGUUUUUCUCGUUCCUCAAGCUUGAACAAGAUUGACUUUCAAGAUUUCAGCAGACGGUCCGUUAUUCUGGACCUUCUUCACUGUGAAGGGUGGCCGUUUGGUCUUUGCCGGAAGGCUUUGCUGCUGCCACCUCCGCUGAAAUCACCGGCUGAUUCUUGGUCAUGGAAGAAGUCUGGUAGAAUAGUAAAGAUAGAUGGAUGACUUGAUGACACCUCUGACAAUGUUGCGAGUCUCGUUUAUUAUAGCAUGACAUAUCUGUCGAAUACUUUGGGACAGUAUUGGUCCUAAACAGACACAUGUAAAAUUCAGUAAUUAUAAAGCCUUGAACACAAACUGUUUGGUAAACUGCGUGGAUUUUGAGAUGUUUUAACAAUCUCUUUGAACUUUUAUUCUGAACAAAACAAUUGUUAUACUAUUCAU